CAUUAUUGGAAUACUUGGUCAUACUGCUGGUGUUUUUCAUCGCUUUUGCCAUUGCCUCUGAGACUGUGCUCUAUCCCCAUUCGCCCAUCAGUGGUGGGCUCAUUUUCAACAUGCUACGACGAUCAUAUUGGAGUGUCUUUGGUAAUUUCUUUCUGGAAGAAAUGGAAUCAACAGAAUCGAAGGAUGACAAUGCCUGUACAGAUGAUUCUGCUCUGUAUUCUAACUACACACAUCUGCGCUGUCCCUCUAAUGUGGGCAGGUACUAUGUACCAGUGCUGAUGGGAAUGUAUGUUAUGAUAACCAACAUACUGCUGUUCAACUUAAUCAUUGCUAAGUUCAACUCAACCAUAUAUGAUAUUGAAAAAGACGUUGAAAAGGUGUGGCACUACCAGUUGUUUAGUUUGACAGCAGAGUAUUCCAAACGCUUGGUUAUGCAGCCUCCAUUUUUCCCAUUAACUUUCAUAAUGUAUACUUGUAUGCGGAGAGAAAAUACAAAUUUGUUUGUAAUAGAAUUUAAACCAGCAGUUGCUAACUGUUUAAAAAGAUUAGAGCAGGUGGUGAUGGAUGACUAUCUUAGACCAACCCAAAAAGAAAACAACCAAAGAUGUAAUGAGCCUGAGAAUAAUAGUAAUGAAAUAGUUACCAAAUUCAGCCUUUCUAACCUUAUUCAUCGUGCCGUAGAGACGAAUUCAAAAGUUCAAAGUGGAGAUGAAGAUCGUAGUGGCGAAGACCAAGGAAACAAUGCAAAUGAAAAUUCAGGAGAAUCAAAAAGUAUGAAGGGACUUUUUGCUGAUUUAAUAAAUACAGAAUCAGAACAAAAUCAAAAAGUUUCAGAUGAUGGCGUGAGAAAUGCAAUCAGACGGUUGAAAAGGAAUCUCAAAGCCGUUGGACGAAAAAUGAUCCACCUUCAACCUGAUGGGAACUGUAUUUUUAGGGCAGCUGUGGCUAGUUUAAAAGAUAAAAUAACCCCAGAGGAGCUCCGCCAUCAGGUGUAUCUGCAUAUAAGGAAGUAUGAGUCCCAUUAUGGAGAGUUUCUUACAGACAAAAGCAUUGUGGAGAAAAUAAAGGAAGAUGGACACUGGAACAGCGAGGCAGGAGAUCUGAUACCUUAUGCUAUCUCUAAUGUUUUAGGGCGUAGUUUGACUAUAGUGACUAACAAUGUAGGAAAUAUCUGUAUACCAGUAUCCAACGGGGAUUGUUUGAAUGAUAAGCCAAUUUUUUUGGCUUAUUUAUCGUACCCAGGCAGUGAACACUAUUGUGCUACUAAGAGGUAAUCUGAAAGAACACUAACGAAAAUCUUAGAUGUGUGAA